AUGGAACAAGGAGCAAGGGCCACUCAAGCAUUAAAGGCCAUAGCAAGGCAUCCUGACGUUGGAAGUUUCCAACGGGCGGUGUCAGAUCCACAAAUCUUGCAAAGUUUUGAGAGAGCAUGCCGUCCGUUCUGUUACGAGAUGCCCCAAUGUGACUUCAGCGACCCCUACCGACGAACAGACGGAAAAUGUAACAACAAGAUCAACCCUCUCCUGGGAGCUUCCUUCACUCCUCAACAGCGAGUCCUGCCGAAUGCCUACGAUAAUUUAAUCGACGCACCCCGAACACGGUCUGUUGACAACUCCCGCCUGCCCAGUGCCCGGACCGUCAGUAACAGGGUCUUCCAGUGGACCUUCGGGGGCAUGACCCCGGUCAGUGCCAAGUUCUCCACAUUCCUGACCAACUUUGGACAAUUCAUUGACCAUGAUGUCAUCUCCACGCCCUCGGAAACACUUUCAUCGAACGAGGCAAUCACGGACUGCUGUCACCCAUAUGGGGGUUCCAUGAAACCCGAGGCUUGCUUCAUCAUUCCUGUUAACAUAGAGGAGCCAGACCCCCAUUUCCCCCCUUAUCAGACUUGUAUGAACUUUGUACGUCACACCGGCGCUCCGCCCCUGGGGUGUAAAAGUGGUGUACGAGAACAGGUGAACGAAAGGACUUCAUUUUUGGACGGUUCUAUGAUCUAUGGAUCUGACGCAUACAGAGAACAGGAACUCAGAGCAAACUGUGAUGGACGACUUGCUACUAACAGAGAAAAUCUUCUGCCCAAUAAUCCCCAGGGAUGCCCAGAAGAAAUACAAGCCAAAUAUCCUUGUUUCUUUGCAGGAGACCACAGACAGAGUGAAACACCGUUAUUGACCGUUCCCCAUGUCACGUGGUUAAGACGUCACAACUUGAUCGCUGAUGCAUUAAGAACCGCUACGGGAAUUACAAACGAUGAAAUCCUUUUUCAGGAGACGAAGAGAAUUGUUAUUGCGGAACUACAACACGUUACUUACAAUGAGUUUUUACCGGCAAUACUGGACGAUUUACAUAUGAAUGGAUUUAAUCUACGGUCAAAGCCAGUUGGUCACGCUGAAAUUUACAAUCCAAAAGUUGACCCAAGAACCAUCAAUGCGGUGGGUGCGGCAGCAUUUCGAAUGGGUCAUACAUUAAUCCGAAAUACAGUAGGAGUUUGGGGAAAUAGUCGCAAAAUAGAUUUCCCCGUGCAAGAACAUUUUGAAGUUCCUGAUAUGAUGUACAAAGGUGGACAUGAACUUAUGGCUCGCUGGAUGUCAAAGGAACCUACGUCUAAAUCAGAUAGGUUCCUUGUGGAUGGUAUCAGAAAUAGGUUGUUUGAAAAUUUAAACGUAACUUCUCCAACCGGUGAAACGCCGUCUUUAGACUUGGGAGCUCUUAAUAUACAGAGGGGUCGGGAGCACGGUCUCCCGUCUUACAACGCUUACCGAGAGUUUUGUGGGCUUCCCAGAGCUUACUUCUUUGCAGCAACGUACGGUGGAUUAGUCAAUCACAGUCCCCAAUCAGCAAAGGCGCUUGAACUGACAUAUAGGCAUCCUGAUGACAUCGAUUUAUUUGCUGGUGGCAUUUCUGAGAUUCCUGAACCCGACAGUAUGCUAGGGCCGACCUUUCAAUGUCUGAUAGCCUUCCAAUUCAGUCUUUACAAACAAGGAGAUAGAUUUUGGUACGAAAGGACCUUUUCAGAAAUUCCACUAGCAGCCUUUACAAAAGCUCAGCUUGGUCAAAUAAAAAAAACCACGUACGCAAAGAUUAUGUGUUCAGUAAUGAGUGACAUAGGAGUCUUUCAUUCCUUCCAACCUAACGUGAUGCUACGUUCCAAUAUUCCAGGGAACUCGCCACUCCCAUGCAAUGUUAUAUUGAAAGGUAGUCGUCUUGGAUUUGAUAUAACUCCAUUUGCCAAACAAAUCAUACAGCUUCGCGGGAGACGAAGACAAUACCCUUAUCUCCGAUUAAAUUCCCCAAUUAACCCAAGCAUGCGCAACAUUUUAGAAAUCCUGGGUCAGCUACCAAACGGUAGCAAUCCUGCAGAUGUACUCAAAAUCAGACGGAAGGGAGAAAACAUGUAUUGAUAAAAAGAUUGUAAGCAUGGACGAUAUUAAAAAAACAACUUGCUUUGAUUGGAGGAAUGUGUUUUAAACGUGUUUUUAUUAUCAAUACAAAUAAGAUUUAAGGGAAAAUAUUACUGACGAACAUGGGCACAAUCAGUAUUAUUAAAUUAUUUUUAU